GUUCACACUGGCCAAGACGAGAACAAUAUGGAAUGCGUAUUCAGGGACCUACUAAUUCAUUCACUCCAUUUUGAAGUAGACAAAAGGAAGUAAUACAUCUCUCUCCCUUCGUUGUCUUUCAUUUUUCUAAAACUAUUUCUCACGUCGUUUCGCAUUUGCGAUGAAACUGUACGUUGAGGAUGUGCUCGUGGUGUUCCCGUACGAGUACAUCUACCCGGAGCAGCUGGAUUACAUCACGGAGCUCAAGCGCGGUCUUGAUAAGGGAGGGCAUAUGGUGCUGGAGAUGCCAUCGGGAACGGGCAAGACGAUUUCACUGCUGUCCAUUCUCGUUGCGUAUCUGCACCACCAUGCGAAUGAGAAGCGAAAGGUAGUGUACUGCACCCGAACCGUAGAGGAGAUGGUGAAGACGAUGGGGGAAAUGAGAAAGUUGCUGAAGCACUGGGAGGCUGAGGGUGAGCAACUGCGCCCGUUGCGUGGGCUGUGCCUCACAGCAAAGAAAAACCUGUGCAUUGAGCCUAGCGUUGCGUCUCUCAUGCACCCUGAUGAGGUAGACGCAGGCUGUCGCUCCAUCACUGCUCCGUGGCAACAAGAGCGCCGGUGCACCUACUAUGACGCCAUUGCACAAGCGCCGCUCGAGCUUCCGCCGGGCGUGUACUCACUCGACGACCUGAAAGACUUCGGGGAGCAGCACCAUGUUUGCCCCUACUACCUGGUGCGCAAAGCCCUUCCUGUCGUCGACAUCAUUGUGCAUUCGUACCUGUACAUGGUCGACCCCGUUGUGUCGGAGGUCACCAAAGAGUUCUUGAACGACAACACGAUCGUCGUGAUGGACGAAGGCCACAACGUCGACGACGUUUGCAUUGAGGCCAUGUCGCUGAUCUUCACCAAAAAGGACUCUCUCGAUGCGAAGCAGAACAUACAAGCCUUGAACAUGGAGCUGGAUCACUUGAAAGCUACAAACCGUCAGCAACUGCAGAACGAGUACGACCGACUUGUGAACGGGCUUGCGCUGGCUGAGCUGUCUCGGUCCCCGGAGGACCGGCCCUUUGUGACGGCACCGGCCAUUCCCGCGAGUGUUGCCGAGGGUGCAAUUCCCGCGUCUUUGCGGCAAGCAAAUCAUUUUAUUGCUUUUAUGCAGCGUCUCGUCGACUUUACGCAUCGCAUUGUGACCCGCAUCACACGCACGUACGUGGCGGAUCCGCUGACGUUUCUGACAAAGAUGAAGGAGGAGUGUGCGCUUGAGAUUAGUCACUUUCGCUACAUAUCCGAGCGACUCAAGAUGCUGCUGACCACUCUUCAAGUCACGAACGCCGGCAAGUACCGCCCCAUCGCGCUGAUUGCACAGAUGUACACCCUGCUUUCUAUGUACUACACCGACGACCGAUACGAAAAACCGGGCUUCGUGGUGGUGUGCGAGGCCUUCGAUCCUACAAGGCCGCAGAUCCCAGACCCAGUGAUUCGCACCGUGUGCGUAGACGCCUCGCUGGCGCUGCGCGACACGUUCAGCAGGUACCGCAGUGUGAUUCUCACCUCCGGCACGUUGUCGCCGCUGGACAUCUACCCCAAGAUUCUUGGGUUUUCGCCGGUGAUCUCGAAGUCGUUUCAAAUGACCUUGUCGCGGAAGUGCAUCGCCCCUGUGAUCGUCACUCGCAGCUCCGAAAGCGUGAGCAUCACCGCCGAGGAGAUUACGAGCAGUUUCAAGGUGCGAACCAACCCCGCCGCGCAGGCCCUCGUCACAACCGCCUACGAAAGUCUUCUCCUGGAGCUCGCGAAGACGGUGCCGGAUGGAAUGGUGUGCUUCUUCACUGGGUACCAGUACAUGGGCGAGGUGCUGCUGGCCUGGCACAGCUCUGGGUUUCUACAGAAGCUGGCAAAGCACAAACUUAUUUUUGUGGAAACGCAAGGCGUCGAGGAAACCUCCGUUGCUUUGGCGAACUACCGCAGGGCGUGCGACAUUGGCCGCGGCGCCAUUUUCAUGUCCAUUGCUCGCGGCAAAAUCGCUGAGGGCAUCGACUUUGAUCGUCACUACGGCCGCGCCGUCGUCAUGUUCGGUGUGCCGUUUCUUCCACCCAACGAUGAACCCUUGCGUCAGCGCAUGCACUGGAUGGAGGUGUGCCUCGGCAUCUCCGAAAGCGAGUUCCGCAACUUCGAUGCGAUGCGCCAGGCGUCGCAGUGCAUUGGGAGGGUGCUGCGCAACAAAACCGACUACGGGAUGAUGCUGAUGGUGGACAAGCGCUUCGCCCUCAACGACAAGCGCAAAAAGAUCCCGCGGUGGAUCUUCCAGUGUCUCAAGAACAACACCAACCUCAGCGUCGAUGCCGCCAUCGCCGUGGCGCGUGGAUUUUUCAAAGAAAUGGCGCAACCGUGGGAGCAUGAGAAGGACCUCGGCACAACGCUGCUCUCCAAGGAAGCUCUGGAGCGGAUGGGGCAGCUGCGCCCCUCUCCGCCGAAAUUCGUGUCGAGUGCAGACGCGACGGCCGCAGCUGCCACGUCUGUUGUGGCGCCCAAAACGGAGGAGGAGAGCGAAAGCAUCGUGCCUCUGCGCGAGCCCGGCAGUGGCGUUCGAAAGCGCAAGCGGGAUGAUGAAAUGUGA